AUGCACCCCCAGACAGCGCUGACCCGGCCACUCCUGCUCCUCCUCUUCCUGCACCUGUCGCCUCCAGGAGGUCGUUCCCACCCUCUGGGCGGCCCUGGCCUGGCCUCGGAACUGCCCAGGAUACAGAAGCUGCUGGACCACCUGCGGGACACGGUCUCCGAGCUGCAGGCGGAGCCGGUGACCCUGGAGCCCCGCCAGAACGGCGGCCAUGGCCCUGUCGAAGCCGGGGAGGCCCGGGAGGCAGCCCCCGAGGGUGUCCUCCGGCCUCGCCCCCUCCAGGCCCUGUGGGGACUACGCAGCCCCAAGGUGAUACGCGAUUCGGGUUGCUUUGGGCGGAGGUUGGACCGCACUGCCUCACUCAGCAGCCUGGGCUGCAAAGGUGAGCCCCCACCUUAG